UCCUCCAAACCGGAAGCACAUGGAGACAAAUGGAAGGAGCUGGUUUCAAGGAGAAAUGUUUAUUAAAUAUCCUCAAGGAUGUGUAGAUUCUCUACUGUUGGGAUAAUUUUUGCACUCCAGUCUGCAGACCCUUGAAGGAGGCUGGAAGGAUUUGCAAAACAUGGCUUGGCCUUGGUUUUUACCCCUUCAGCAUUUCCAGAUGUACCUAUCCAUGAGACUUGGCUCUUCCCUGUAUCCGUACCUGGCCCCAUUCAGACACCUGAGCGCUUUCAUGAGAAGUAACCCCAUGAGAGCCAUACCUCCUCGAAAUGUGACUCACCCCAGGAAUUUGCUGUUUUGGAAUGGUGGAUGGACGGGUUUACCCAGGAUGGUCAGCAAUGACCAGGGCGGUGACACAGAAGGCAGGCAGUCUCCAGCCUCACCUGGCCAGGACUCAUCCUUUUCCUCGUCUGAGGAUGAAAUUGAAGGAUUUGGAGCAAUGGGCAGGAUCUACUCCUCCAGGAGAUUUUUCCGCAAAAGCUCUUUGGAGCUCCAGGAUUCCAGAUAUGGUGACACUGAGGAUCAGAGUGAGGAAGAGAUUGAACGUCCGGAAGUGAGACGGAAGCCAGGCCGAAGGAACACGACAUACUGGUACUUUUUGCAGUGCAAGAAACUCAUCAAAGAAGAUAAGUUGGCUGAGGCGCUGCACACGUUUGAGACUCAAAUGGUGAAGGAGGAGCGGCUGUUCCCAGAGGAAUACAAUUACACAGUGCUGAUAGGAGGCUGCGGACGAGUGGGCUACUUGAAAAAAGCAUUCCAACUCUACAAUGACAUGAAGAAGAGAGCUGUGACUCCUUCAGGAGCCACCUACACUGCUCUGUUCAAUGCUUGUGCAGAAACACCUUGGAAGGAAACAGGUCUGCAGUUUGCCACAAAGCUCCGGGAAGAGUUAAGCAGCAAGAACGUCAGUCUUAAUCUGAUCGCAUACCAUGCCAUGUUGAAAGCGUUCGCUGUCUGCUCGGACCUAACGGCCUGUUUUGAUGUGCUUCGGGAAAUAGUUCAUAGUGGUCACAAGAUGAACGUGGAAACAUUCAGCAUUUUAAUGAUUGGCUGCAUCAAGGACACAGAAAAUGGUUUUAGGUAUUUGCUACAGAUUUGGCGAGAGAUGUUGAAACUGGGUGUGAAGCCCGAUGUCAAGAGCUACAACCUGCUGCUGCGAGCCACGAGGGACUGUGGUCUCGGGGACCCUGCCGUGGCCUCACGGUUGCUAUUGGCCGAUGACGGUGAUGUAUGGCAGCUGAAGCAGCACCGGAGGGUUCGGAGUGUCAAAGGCCAAAAGGAGGCGAGAAGCAGCAAAAAUAUAACAACGAUGGUGGUUGGUCUAUUGGAAGAGCAGUUACUUGGACAGGCUUCUGAUCAACCAACCACCUGCAGAGUCUCUGAACCAGAGGCUGAGCAGAGUGGUGAAACUUUACCAAAACUAAUGGAAGCACAGAACCUACUGUCCAACAAUGGGCAAGAGAAAGAGCUGGUGUCACAAGGAGUGCCCAUUUUGGAACUAGUUCCCAGAUCCCAAAUAUUUGCAGUUGAUUCAGACUCCAGCAAGCUUCCUGAAACUGCACAUCUACCUAAUCUACUCGAUGUUCAAGUCAACAAGAAGAAUCUUGUUUCCUUAGGAACAGUAGCUACGCCACCUGACAGGCUAGCACUGAUUGGGUGUCUGAAUGGCUUUCUAAAUAAGAUGAAGGAAGACAGUGCGCCUCCAGACAUUAAAACCUUCACACUUUUGGCUGAAGUGGUGGAACCAAACAGCCAAUCCGAGUCCUCCUUGGUAGCUUUCAUGGAAGAGUAUGGCGUGAGGCCAGACAUUUCAUUUUAUAAUACAUUAAUUCGAAAAAAGAGCAAGCUGGGUGACUUGGAGGGAGCUAAGGCACUACUGCCAGUACUCGUCAAACAAGGUUUAUCGCCAACCCUGCACACCUUCUGUAACCUGGCUAUAGCCUGCAGAAAAGAGAGUGAUGGACUGAAGCUUCUCCAUGACAUGAAGAUGUCUGGAUUAACCCCCAAUGUCAAUGUAUACAGCACCUUGAUCAACAAUGCAGCAAAGCAGCUGGACUACGUAUAUCUCACAAACAUCAUACAAGAUAUGGCAAGAAGUCAAGUACGACCUAACGAGGUUGUCCUUAGGCAACUGGAAUUUGCAGCCAAGUAUCCUCCAAAAUUUGACAAGUACAAGUCAAAAAAUACCUAUCUGGAAAAGAUUGAUGGUUUUCGUGGAUAUUACUAUCGCUGGUUAAACUUUAUGCCCACAGCAGAGACACCACAUCCGUGGAAAAAGUACAGGAUUAGGAGUCAGGUCUCAGCAAGAGAAUAAACAUAAACACCCAAACUGGUGGAACAGUGUAAAAUCGAAGACUGAUACCUCACUGAACCUCGCAGCAUCAACUCUCUGACCUUCAUUUCCACCUAAUUCAUUCACAGCUACGAUUCAGCCGAUCAUUGUUCUGAAUGUCGAUGGAACUGUACUGUCAAUGUCACAGUAGAAAUAUAGACAGAAAAAUUAAUUCUGUAAAUUUGUUUGAUUUAUGGAAUUUAUUUACUAUGUUGUGCAAUGGAAUAAAGAAAUCUCAUUUCAUCAAAUUCUAAAAUGGUGGACUGAGACUAAUGUGGA